AUGAAACUUUUACUCUCCACUCUACUUGUCGUCUUAUCAUUGACAAUUUUAUUGUUGGCGACAACCCAAACUUCUUCUUCAGCGGUUCAUGCGGAAGGAAUUUCCCUUUCGACCUACAUUCCAAAGAAGCACAAGAAACAUGUCGAUCGUUAUGGCAAACACACAAAGAAAGGAAAUGUGGAACAUUAUGUCGAUGUGGAUGGAAAACAUUUGCGUUCGUAUACACCAUUUUCGCAUAAACGUCGACACGAUCAACUAGCAAAGAAAAGACGACAUCAUCACAAGAAGAGAAAACAUCAUGCCAAACGUCAUCAUAAGAAACACUUUGGAAAGAAGAGAAAACAUUCAUCACACAAAAGAACAAGACACCACUCUCAUGGAAAGAAGAGAAAGCACUCACAUAAGAAAACAAGAAAUCACAAGAGAUGUCAUCACCACAAAAAGAACAAACUCGAUACUUACAAAAAGAAGAAAAGACAUCAUCACAAAAGAAGACACAGAAAGAAUAGCCACAAGAAGCAUCACCAUAAAAAAUCAAGACAUCACAAGAAGAGACAUCAUCACAAGGGACUUCAUCAUAAGAAGAACAAAAUGGAGACUUAUCACGAGUAA